UGCAAAAUGAAAAUCCUCCAAGUUUGGCUUAUAACAUUUUAAAAAAUAUUUCAAAUACAAUGUCUGAUAGAGCUGCGACAGAAAAAUCAUUCCAGCAACUUCUGCAAGAUUACAGAACAACUCUUCUGAAAGAAAACAUGGACAACUUUAAUGAACUAUCAGAACCAGACCAAUUACUGAUUACUAAAAUGAAUAAUUUCUUUUGUGGUCUUCAUCUUUUAGUCAAUAUUGCAGAUUUGAUGUGCAGUAUCUUCAAAGAAUGGGAGCAAACUGUGAUGAAUAAAGAAGUAGUUGGGGAGUCAGCAAUUAUAAAAACAGUAAGAGAAGUAUGCAAGGCAUUUGUUCCUGUCGUGGACAAUAAAAAUGGAGCAUCACUAGAGCUAAAAACAUACCUGUCAAGAAUCAACGUUAAAUUUCAAUUGAAGCCAUUCCAGGAAGGCAAUACCAACACCUUGAAUGGGCUGAUGAAAGACGUAUUGAGAAAUUUGAAAUGCAGUCAAAAUAUUGUAGGCUUAAGGGCAUUAGGAGUUUACAAUAAAUUUAUAACAUCACCACUUUGGAAAAUUAUUGAAGCUGACAAUACACAUAUUCUAGACAUGAAUGCGCACUAUCAAAAUCUCAUCCAAAUUUUUAGAAGAUGUUGCUACAAAUAUAGAAUCAGCAAACGAACUCUUAACUGGUGA